CCGGACGCAUAAGGUUUACUUUUAAUACGACAAGCAGUACACAAUGCAUGUAUUCAGUUAAAAUUAAAAAUAUAUAUAGUGCACUAGUUUGAGGAUUGCAUUGCAAUAAAAGGAGUUUAAUAAUGAGUCGUUGGUUCUGGUUGGGUUUUUUCUUGCUGCUGCCGUUGGCAAAUACAACACCACCUGUUAGCUUCGAGGCAAACCCAGACACGAAACGUCUCUAUGAUGAUUUAUUGAGUAAUUACAAUCGCCUCAUACGCCCCGUGGUAAAUAAUACGGAGACGCUCACUGUCUGGCUGGGCCUCAAGUUGUCGCAGCUUAUUGAGGUCAAUCUAAAGAAUCAGGUGAUGACCACCAAUUUGUGGGUCAAACAGCGCUGGUUCGAUUAUAAACUACGCUGGGAUCCGGAGGAGUACGGCGGAGUAGAGCAAUUGUAUGUGCCCUCCGAGCACAUAUGGGUGCCUGAUAUUGUGCUCUACAACAACUGGGAUGGCAACUAUGAGGUCACUCUCAUGACGAAGGCCACAUUAAAGUACACAGGGGAGGUCUUUUGGGAGCCGCCAGCUAUUUACAAAUCAUCCUGUGAAAUGAACGUUGAAUAUUUUCCUUACGAUGAGCAAAUUUGCUUCAUGAAAUUCGGCUCAUGGACCUACAACGGCGCCCAAGUGGAUCUAAAACAUUUGGAUCAGGUGCCCGGCAGCAAUCUUGUGCAGGUUGGCAUCGAUUUAAGUGAAUUCUACUUGUCUGUGGAGUGGGACAUACUCGAGGUGCCGGCUACCAAAAACGAGGAAUACUAUCCGGACACAUUGGAGCCAUUUUCAGAUAUUACCUUCAAGUUGACCAUGCGGCGCAAAACGUUGUUUUAUACGGUGAAUUUGAUUGUGCCCUGCGUGGCAUUAACUUUCCUUACCGUUUUGGUCUUUUAUCUACCCAGCGAUUCGGGCGAAAAGGUUACGUUAUGUAUUUCAAUACUCGUGUCGUUGACCGUGUUCUUCUUGCUAUUGGCCGAAAUCAUUCCGCCCACUUCGUUGGCGGUGCCCCUGCUGGGCAAGUAUCUACUCUUUACCAUGAUACUCGUCUCGCUGUCCGUUUGGACAACGGUCUGUGUGCUCAACGUACACUUCAGGUCCCCUUCGACGCACAGCAUGUCGCCGACGACUCGCAAAGUGUUCCUGCAUAUUAUGCCCAAGCUGAUGAUGAUGCGACGCACUCAGUACACUCUGCCCGACUACGACGACUCCACGCCCAGCAAUGGCUAUACCAACGAGAUCGAUGUUCGCGACAGCAUCAGCGACUUUCCCAGCGAGUUUAAAGACAGCCAGGAUGGCGCUUACGAUAAUGGCAUGCAGCACUCUGUGGAUUCCGACAAUGUGAUACCACGCAACUUAACACCCGAAGUGCUGCAGGCAUUUCGUGCGGUCAGAUUUAUUGCGCAGCACAUCAAGGAUGCCGACAAGGAUAACGAGAUUGUCGAGGAUUGGAAAUUUUUUUCCAUGGUCUUGGAUCGCUUCUUUCUCUGGCUGUUUACUUUAUCUUGUGUGUUCGGCACCUUCGCCAUCAUCUGCCAAUCGCCCUCACUCUAUGACACACGCGCGCCCGUCGACCGGCUGUACAGUGAGAUACCAUUGCGUAAAAGCAAUUUCAUGCUGCCGCCGGACAUUGUCAGGCAGGUGGUUAAUUAGGUGUGGAAAGGAGCAAACUUCGAGUCAUGGGUCAUAUUUGACAAAAAAAUAAAUAAAACCGAUAAAGUCAAUAAUUAUGCAAAUUGAAUUGAAAAUCAUUUACAUGUAACCAUUGAAAUCUAGCGAACAAUUAAGUCGGCUUUCAAGUA